GCGAUCAUCGUUAUUCCCGAGACACCACAAUCGCCUACGACGUUCGUUUUGCGAUUGCGAGUUGCACUAAUACUAAAUAACUUUAUAUUACUCGUGUAUCGCUUUUUUUUUUUUUCUUCUUUUCGUCGCAUCCCCUGCAGCCGGGCAGCCAGAGCCGCGCGGCUAACAGCCCAGGGGUGCGUGCUGUUUUGAGCCCCAGGUUGUGCCGAUUCGUUGAUUGAUUGAUUGAUACAUCCAUUUGCUGGGCUGGGCGUUGUACCUACCUACCUAGUCAGUUCGUACUGGGCUGGGGAAAGCUCGUCCUGGGCAAACCAAAAGCUUGUGUUUUGCGCCUGGACUCCUUGCCUUGGGUCAUUGCCGCCACUUCCGACGUGACCAUGUCGGUUCGCCCACAACAGCAGCACCAACUUCAGCUCCAGCAUCAACAUCAACAUCAGAGCAACCAUCCACUGCAGCAUCAGCCUGCUCCUGGGCCAACAGCCCUGUUUGUUGCCACGCCAAGCUCUGGCUCUGGGACCGUGUACGCGUCUCCAUCGCCAAGCCUGCCACAGCGCAUAGGCCUCCCGGACAUUUCGGGCUCUGGCCUUGCCACCUCUACCGCCUAUGGCUUGCCUGUGGUUGGCUCCGGUAUUCCGGUGCCGGCCGACGAUAUCAAGCCGGACCCGGUGAGCAGUGAUAGCUCUGUGGCGCUUGGGGAGCCGCUCAGGAAGAAACAGAAGCGGAACAAGCCCACCCUUUCGUGUUCGCAAUGUGUCGAGAGGAAAACAAAGAGGCAGACCUUGUUUGGCAUAGAGACGCGAAGUAGCAGCAAUGGUCUUCGCAUGUUGAAGGCUCCUCGAAAGAAGAAGCCAGAGCCCCUUGUAUCACCCGUGGCUGCAAAAUCGGACUUGCGUCUCGCAGCGGCCGGUCAAAGCCCUCUCCACGGAUCAGUUGCGCUGUCGACUGGACUACUUUCCCAUAUUCCGCACUCUCACCCAACUGCUUCCAACAUUUUUGGGGUCGGAACCAGGCAUCCAUUUGAGAACACAUGGAGCUAUCACGGCGGCCUUCCCGAGGUCAUCUUUUGCAUACCGGAAAAGGUUCAGUGUGACAUACUGCUGACGACCUACUUUGACCGCGUGGAUCCCGUCUAUCCUAUGAUCCACCGGCAGACCUUUUACGCCGACUAUGAACAUUUCUUCUCACUCAGCAAGGAAGAUAGAGACAAGACCGAUGCCGAUUUUGUGGCCCUUGUGUGCGUCAUGCUGGCGCUGGCCAACCAGUUCCUACCUGAUCUUUUCUCGCCGGCCGAGAGGAAGAACUCGGCAGAGUAUCUAGCAUCUGCCAGUAAUCAGGCUCUCAGGGUAGGCAGCUACCUCAGCAGGGCCUCAAUAAGAUCCGUUCAAGCCAUGGUUCUGAUAACUUACUUUCUCAUCAACGACAACCAUGCGUCUGACGGAUGGGCCUUUGCUGGUGUGCUCAUGCGCCAAGCAUAUGCGAUGGGGCUUCACCGCGACCCCAACCUGGUGGCACCAGAGGCCACCGUUUUUGAAAAGCAGCAAAGGAGGAAAGUUUGGCAGGCCGUAUUGCUGCAGGACACGUUUCUCACCGUCCUUCUGUCGCUGCCACCGACAGCUACCCACACGGAUGUUAAUGUGGAAGACUUUUUGGAAGAUGAUUCUUCCAUAGCAUCUUCGAACCCACUCGACAACGCAUACAUUAGGAGUUCCUGGUCACUGGCCAACUUGGUGCAGGAGGCCAUUUGCAGUCCGCGUUCGCUCGACAUACCGAUAUGUGCUACGGCGCGGCACAAGAGCAAGCUCGUCGCGGACUUCAAGGCCGUUUACCGGUCGUUUCCAGACACCUUCCGCAGCCUGGAUGCGGACGUCCUGUCUCAAAUGGCGCAAGGGGCCGUCAAUGGGCCCCAGCGUGUGGUGCGACAGGCUCUGUUCCUCAACAGUAACUACUUCCACAACCUGAUGCUGGUGCACGCCUCGGAGAGCCCCGAUGUACCCAUCAAUGCCAAGGGUGCACUGGAUGCUGCGCACCAGGCAAUAUCGGCUUUUUUCAUCCUUUUUCAGGUGUUUGAGCUCGACGCCAGGGUGUGGUGGGUGUUUAACCAUCGGGCGUUCCUCGAGGCGCUGUGCAUCGGAGGGAUUUUACGGGACGCGGAACGAAAUAUUGAGGCCGGCGAGCAUGAAGAUGGGAGGACGAACAACGGGAGCAUCAAGGAUCCAAUAUACACAAGGGCCAAAGAUGACAUUAAUCGAAUGAUUGAAAUUAUGAAGAUUAUGGGGGAUGGCGAGAAUGGAUCAGAGGUUGCCAGGACAAGAAUCCAGGUCCUGAGCGAAUACCUAUAGCAUGGGAUUAAUGUUGAUCAGCGUUUGGCGUGGCGUUUUUUUCUGGGGGGGAUUUUUGAAUGAAUACCACGGAGGCGUUCGGCUUACUUGCGGAAGGAGAUUUUAUUUUCAAGGUUAGAACGCAGAAAAACAAAUAACAUCUGAAAGAUAUACUGGUUAUUAAUGACGCCUUUUGUACCGCAAAGCCUCGAGUAAAAUGCCAGGUGCAGCUUCCCACCUACCCUGUACGCGAUCUGUAUGUAUAUUCCCCUAGAAAAGAUUAAAUGUAGGGCAAGGGUCCAAGCUUUCAUGCAAGAUCG